CAUACAUCUCCUCGUUCCUAUAACUCCCGGCCUCCGUGGAAAUAGGGAGGAAGGGCCAACCAAUUCAAUGCAUGCUCCGUCCCAGUCCUAUAAAUGUCCCCCGCCUCUCGCCCCAAAUUCCAGCUUUCUGCAACUUCCUUUCUAGAUAUGGCCUCCCGACUUCUUUCCACCACCCCCAUGUCUGCCAAUAACUUCACCGUCCCCGCCCUCGGCUUCUCCCACAGCGUGCUUCCUUUCCGCGUCCCACUCUCUCCGCCGCCAGUCACCGCCGUUUCCUUGGGAACCUCACUCUCCUCUGCUCCUGUUUCCAUCCGGUGUUCCUCCCUUUCCGCCCCAUCCACUGUUGGUGAUGUUGAAAGGAAGUUUGUUGAGGCUUCAAAACAUGGAAAUUUGUUUCCUCUCUAUCAAUGCAUAUUCUCUGACCAGCUUACCCCUGUUCUUGCAUACCAGUGUUUGGUUAAGGAAGAUGACCGGGAGGCUCCGAGCUUUCUUUUUGAAUCCGUAGAGCCUAAUGUCCAAGUAACUGUUGGGCGCUAUAGUGUUGUUGGAGCUCAACCCGCCAUGGAAGUUGUUGCAAAGGAAAAUAAAGUUACAAUAACAGACCAUGAAUUCGGGCACAUGACUGAGGAAAUUGUUGAUGAUCCUUUCUCUAUUCCUAAAAGAAUAGCAACGGGUUGGAAACCCUGUCUCACUGAUAAGCUUCCGGAUGCAUUCAAUGGUGGCUGGGUGGUAUAUUGUUCAUAUGACACAGUUCGCUACGUUGAAAAGAAAAAGCUACCAUUUUCAAAGGCUCCAGAGGACGACAGAAACCUUCCAGACAUGCAUCUGGCCCUCUAUGAGGAUGUGGUCGUGUUCGAUCAUGUGGAGAAGAAAGCAUACGUGAUUCAUUGGGUGAGGCUGGAUCGAUACUCCUCAGUCGAGGAUGCUUACAAAGAUGGGAUGGAACGGCUGGAAAAGUUAGUGUCAAGACUAAAGGAUAUUGAGCCCCCAAGGCUAUCUCCAGGCUAUGUGAAUUUGCAGACUCGACGUUUUGGUCCUCCUUUAAAGAAGUCGAGCAUGACAAGCGAAGAAUACAAGGCGGCAGUCCUCAAGGCAAAAGAACAUAUUGAGGCAGGGGAUAUUUUCCAGAUCGUAUUGAGUCAACGUUUUGAGCGCAGAACAUUUGCUGAUCCUUUUGAGAUAUAUAGAGCACUGAGAAUAGUCAAUCCGAGUCCAUAUAUGGCUUAUUUGCAGGCCCGAGGAUGUAUUCUAGCUGCUUCAAGUCCUGAAAUUCUUACUCGAGUAAAGAAGAAUAAGAUAGUGAAUCGUCCAUUGGCUGGGACAGUUAAGAGGGGGCAGACUUUAGAAGAAGAUAAAAAGUUAGAGGUGGAACUUCUGAGCGAUGAAAAGCAAUGCGCAGAACAUAUCAUGCUGGUUGAUUUAGGACGCAAUGACGUUGGCAAGGUCUCAAAACAUGGUUCCGUGAAAGUGGAAAAGCUUAUGAAUGUGGAACGGUAUUCCCAUGUCAUGCACAUGAGCUCAACGGUCACGGGCGAGUUGCCAGACCAUUUGACAGGAUGGGAUGUCCUACGUGCUGCAUUACCUGUUGGAACUGUUAGCGGAGCACCAAAGGUGAAGGCCAUGGAGCUGAUAGAUGAGAUGGAGGUGGUAAGGCGUGGUCCUUACAGUGGAGGCUUUGGGUGGAUCUCUUUCGCUGGGGACAUGGACAUUGCACUAGCUCUCAGGACAAUGGUAUUUCAAACAGGAACUAGAUACGACACCAUUUACUCGUAUAAAGGCAAGAACCAGCGCAAGGAAUGGGUCGCUCAUCUUCAAGCUGGUGCUGGUAUCGUGGCUGACAGUGUGCCUGAGAGUGAGCACCAAGAGUGUCAGAACAAAGCUGCCGGUCUUGCUCGCGCCAUUGACUUGGCUGAGUCUGCUUUUGUGGAUAAAUAAGAUCUAAGAAACUAUUUUGUAUUUACCAUUUACUAGUGUUUUAAUUAAUUCGACAUCGUCGUAAUUGUUCCGCGUCCCAUCGGCUUUUCCGCAAGUUAAAUUGCAGCUUCAGAGAACGAAUCAAC